CUACAAACUUAUACUACAAACCACUACAGUCAACGUCAUUUGUCUUCCCCCGCAAAAACAAUAUCAGUUUACUUGUUCAUGGUACUGAUUACACUGUAUAUUUUGUAUAUUUUGCAGGAGGCCAGUAGUUAGAGUUAUAUAUAGAUAGAGAAAAAAUUGCCAAAUGAUCCCUCUAGGUGCAACUUGCUCAUCGAUCGAACCAACUAAACCCCACAUAAUUAACUACUUGCUUAUGAAUAUAGGAUUGUGAGUUAUAGAAAAACCUCAAGAAAUAAAAUAGGCCUAUAGAGAAUAAAUAGUAACGUGCCUCAGUUAACGUAUUUACAAGUUGGAUUUGACAUUAUUCACCCAGUUUUUUUGUUUCUCAUUGUACAAACCAUGUUUGGAUUUCAAACUUCAGAAAUUUUCAUCGCCUUUUCGAUGCUCUUUUAAACUUUCUUUCAUACAUUGCAUGCUAUAGUCUUCACUAUGUUCUUCAGGUUCUUGUACUGUUACGAUGGUGAUUGGACUUGUCAUCGCACUAGUUGCAUUGGCAGCUGGUUGGUUUUGGCACCGGAGGUACAUGUCACGGUGGCAGCAUAAAAUGCAAGACUUACCAAAAAGAAAGGAAAUUGGAGGCCAUCCACAUAGGAGAAGCCUCGCGCCAAUAUCUCUAAAUCCUACCACCAUAGCAAUAGGCGAUAUAGCAUCAAACAAAGGGCACAACACACCAAAACAACGCCUUCAAGAAGGAAUUGCCGCUCCAAAACAAGUGAAGCAUAUGGGCCAGAUUCAAGUAAUACCCGGCACCUCCAAUGCAACCACCACACCCUCGACUGCAAGCAUAGAAAAGGAAAAUGGUCAACAAAGUUAUUCCAAAGUAGAUGUUCCAAGGAGUUUCCCUUAUGAGGAAUUGUCACAAGCAACAGGUAACUUCAACGAGAACAGAAAGCUUGGAGAGGGUGCUUCUGGUGCUGUCUACGAAGGUACACUUGCAGGCAUAGAUACAAGCGUGGCAAUAAAAAGGAUCAAGGAAACGUCAUCAGAUCAAACAAAAAAGGCCUUUGUUAACGAAAUUAAAAUAAUGAGCCAGCUGCAUCAUCGGAACAUUUUAAGUCUAAAGGGUUGGUGUGAGGAAGACAAACAUCUACUGCUUAUCUAUGAAAUAAUGGAGAACGGUAGCCUUGAGGACCAUCUUUACCCGGAGAAUGGUGCCAUGGAUACUGCAGUUUAUGGUGAAACAGACAAUGACGCACGUCCGGCUUCACACCUAAGUUGGUUGGUAAGGCACAACAUAAUAAUUGGUAUAGCCUCCGGUCUAGCAUACCUCCAUAAGGAAUGUCGGGUUGUCAUUGUGCAUAGGGAUCUCAAGCCAGCUAAUGUAAUGCUGGACAGGAACUGGAAUGCUAAACUGGUCGACUUUGGGCUGGUGACGCAACUCAGUCAUACCCAAACCUCGCGUAAUAUGGACAAUAUCCGUGGGACUAGAGCAUACAUCGACCCCGCAUAUCUGGAGAGUGGCAAGGUAUCUGAGCAAUGUGAUGUCUACAGCUUAGGCGUGGUACUGCUUGAGAUUGUCUGUGGUACAAAACCAUCCAUCCUGCAAAGUAGUGAUAAGCACAGCCUUAUUGAGAUGGUCCAGGACUGUGAUCGGAGCAACAGAAUUCUUGAUGCAGCUGAUAAAGGGCUCAGGGGGCAGUUCGAUAAGAAGAUCGAAGCUGUGUUGCGGCUCGGGCUCCAGUGUGUCCUCCCAGAUCACCAUAAUCGUCCACAUGCUGGAAGAGUGAGGGAUCGCUUAAUGGAGCUGCUGGAGAACGGGAAGGUAGCUUUCUCAACCCCCCAACCAAGUGAAGAGCAAUUCGGUACUCGUACAGUUACACCAGUUCCGGCGGCUUCAUUACCAGCAGGUUGGUUUUGGCGCGGCAGACACAAGUCACAGAGAAAACAUAAAACACAAGGUACAAGCACAGAAAAGGAAAAUGGUCAACAAAGUUAUUCAGAAGUGAACGUUCCAAGGCAUUUUACUUAUGAGGAAUUGGCACAAGCAACUAGUAACUUCAACGAGUAUAGAAAGCUUGGAGAGGGUGCUUUUGGUGCUGUCUAUGGAGGUACACUUGCAGGCAUAGAUAGGACUGUGGCGAUUAAAAAGAUCCGAGAAACAACAUCAAACCAAACAAAAAUGGCCUUUCAUAAUGAAAUUAAAAUUAUGAGGCAGAUGCAUCAUCGGAACAUUUUAAGUCUAAAGGGUUGGUGUGAGGAAGACAAGCAUCUACUGGUCAUCUACGAAAUGACGGAGAACGGUAGCCUUGAGGACCUUCUUUACCCUAAGAAUGGUGCCAUGGAUACGGCAGUUCAUUUUGGAACAUACAAUAACACACGUCCAUCUUCACCCCUAAGUUGGUUGACAAGGCGCAAUAUACUAAUUGGUAUAGCCUCUGGUCUAGCAUACCUCCAUAAUGAAUGUCCGGCUGCCAUCGUGCAUAGGGAUCUCAAGCCAGCUAAUGUAAUGCUGGACAGGAACUGGAAUGCUAAACUGGCCGAUUUUGGGCUGGUGACGCAAGUCAGGCAUACCGAAACCUCACGCUUUACGGACAAUGUCAUCGGGACAAGAUCAUAUAUCGAUCCAGCUUAUAUGGACACAGGCAAAGUAUCUGGGCAAUGUGAUGUCUACAGCUUAGGCGUGGUGUUGCUUGAAACUAUUUGCGGUGAAAAGCCAAUCAUCCUGCAAGGUGGCAACAAGAACAGCCUUAUUGAGAAAGUCCGAGAAUGUGAUGAUAACAAUAGAAUUCUCGAUGCAGCCGACAAAGGUCUCAAGGGGCAGUUCGACAAGGAGAUCAAAGCUGCGUUGCGGCUCGGGCUCCAGUGUGUCUCCCCAGAUAAUCGUCCACAUGCCGGAAGAGUGAGGGAUCGCUUAACGAAACUGCUGGAGUAUGGGAAUACAUCAGAAGAAACUAAAGAAGCUAGCACCGUGAACCUGGAGGCUUUAUCUCGCAGGUGCAUACUGCAAGGUGAAGGAUCGAUAAUGGCAACUCAAACCUAUGGAUUCGAUGAAGCCCCACAGUCCGCAGGCUCUAUGCUCUCCAGCUCAAGCAGAGACAAUGACAUGGCUAGCAAAUUGCAAAAUACAACAUGUCUAACGAUCCGAGUACUGCAAGAAAUCACCGAUAAUUUCUCCGAGAAGCGGAAAAUUGGCCAAGGCGCUUGUGGAAAGGUCUAUCGGGCAGAGCUUCAAAACGGAAAAGAAAUUGCUGUGAAGGUUCUUUACAAUAAUGUGGUAAUGAUUGAUGAUGUACAAUUCCAACGUGAAUUUGAAAACCUUAUGAGGCUGGAGCAUCACAACAUUGUAAGGUUAGUUGGCUAUUGCUAUGAAACACAACAUCAACCUAUUCAGCACAUGGGAGGAAUAGUUUUUGCUGAAAUGACAUACAAAGCGCUCUGUUUCGAGUAUAUGCAAAAUGGAAGCCUUGAAGAACACCUUUCUGAUGAAGGUGAUGGACUUGAGUGGCACACAUGUUACAACAUUAUCAAGGGGGCCUGGAAGGGUUUACAAUACCUUCAUAAAGGAUCUGAUAAACCAAUUUACCAUUUAGACCUGAAACCAGGCAAUAUAUUGUUAGACAAGAACAUGGUACCAAAGCUUGCGGAUUUUGGUUUAUCAAAGCUCAUGGGUGAUCAACAAUCCAUAAUCACAAAAACUCUUAUGGGAACAAUUGGAUACAUGCCAAAGGAAUACUUCAUUGGAAACAUCGUGUCGAACAAGUUUGACAUAUUCAGCUUGGGUGUUGUAAUGAUAAAGAUAAUUGCAGGCCGUGAAGGCCAUUCAAAAAGUGUCGACAUGUCCCGCCGGAAGUUUCUUGAUCUGGUACAAAGAAACUGGAGGGACAAGAUGCAGGAAACAUGUCUAGCUAGGAGGCUGCUGGAAGCAUACUGCAAACAAGUUAACGUGUGCACUGAGAUUGCACUGAGUUGCAUGGAUACUGAUAGACACAAAAGGCCAAAUAUAGUGGAUAUCAUCCAUCAACUAAAUGGCACCGAAGCUGUGAUUGACAGGGUGAGGUCGGACGCAUUGACAAGAAGCGAAGUGGCUUUAGGUCAUGACACCACAAGGGCAUCACGAAGAGGUGGAGGAGAUGCCGCGCACCGGCUCGGCACGGCAUGGGGAUGGAGAUGGAGAGAACAACGAAAGCUGUAGCAUCGACUAGCCAUGCUGCCUGCAGAGACAUGCCGCAUGCUGUUGAUACAUUGUGUCAAAUUUUAUACAGUUUUGCUAUAACUCAGCUAGCUGAGCUGAGAUAAUUUUUGAUCUCACUCGUUUAUAUCAGCCGUCAGAUAUUUGCCGCGUCGUGAUUCA